UCUGCUUUUGUUAAUUUAUAGUAUUAUCAGUUAAAUAAUGGUUGCUAAGAAACCCAAGAGUAAACGUGUUCGUCUUCAUCGUAAACACAGAAUUUUAAAGAAGAUCAAAGAAGCUCAUCGUAAAGAAAAUAGAGACCAAAGAAAAAAUCCCGCACAACAUAAUAAGAAGAGUAACAAAGAUCCGGGAAUUCCAAAUGAAUGGCCAUUCAAAGAAGAGUUAUUGAACGAGAUACAGGCACAAAAAAUGGCUGCUGAGGAGGAGAAGCAGAAGCAAAGAGAAAGAACACUAGCUGAGAAAGCGAAACAACGAAAAGCAGCAAGGAAAGCAGAAAUUGCUGCCAACAUCGCUGCUGCUAAAGCAGCAGCAGCAGAAAGAAAGCAAGCCGAACAAGCAUUAGCCAACCUUACACCAACAUUAGCAUUGAAUGAUAGUAGCAAGGAGGAUACAAAAGAGAACUCGAAACAAUCAAAAAAAGAGAAAAGGAAGAGCAAGAAGACGGAUCAAUAGAUACUCAGGAUCCAUUCAUUCGUGUAAAAAAAGACCUUCAAAAAUACCAUUCGCAACGUUUGAAACAUUCUUUACAGCGAAAAAGAACAAGAAUCUAUCUUUAUUUUC